AAUGAUAAGUGACCACUUAGACUAGUAAUGAGUUGGCAAUAUGAAAUUUGACUAGCUUCAUUGAAUAAAUCUAAGAAGAAAUUUACCAUCAGGUAAUCUAUUGGUUUUUGCAUUCCUUUUCCUUAAUCGAAAACGAAAUUAACAGAGAAGUAUUUUCAUGAUCAAGUAUGGGGUUGUAUGGAAAUCCUCUUUGCACUGAACAAGAUUAAUACUCAUUCGCAAGCGAAGAUUGCAUGACAACUCUGUGACCUGCGUAACAUCGGCGAUGGUCACGCACUCGUGAAGUGGUGUAUGGCGUCACGUGAUAAUGGUAGGUACCGCUCUUGAACAAAACAAUGAGUUCUGAAACAAUGGAACAGAAACGAUUUGCAGUUUUGCUCUGUGAGGAUGCAGAGAAAUGGGGAGGAAGAGACGUGAUGCUCAAACGUCAUGUUGAACUUUACCAUCGUGAAGAUGAUGAGGAAUGGAGGGGAUUCAAUGCUUGCGGUGGAGAAGUUCCCUCAACGGAAGAUCUCGAUAAAUAUCAUGGGUUCAUCAUCACCGGAAGCCACUAUUCAGUCAAUGACAAUAAAGAAUGGAUUCGAAAAACCGAGCAAUUUAUAGCUACCUUGGCGAAAAAAUCACCCUCCAAACGUUUAGUUGGUCUUUGCUUCGGCCAUCAGCUCGUUUCGAAAGCUCUUGGUGGAGUUGUGGGCAAGAAUCCUUCGGGAAAAUUCGUUUUACAAACCGAGAGCGUGAAGGCUACCCACAACAGCAGCGAUACAAAUCCAGUUGUAUCUAAACUGUUCGAGAAUGGUCCUUUAGGUUUGCUGGAGUCACACAGUGAAUGCGUGACAGAACUUCCCCCAGAUGCCAAGACCAUCGCUAGUUCCAACAGUUGUGAACACGAAAUGGUAUUAUUUGCCGAUAACAUUCUUGGAGUCCAGUUUCACCCUGAAUGUACAGCAGAAGAGUUUGAGGAAAAAAUUCUUCCAUAUUUGAAAAGUGGGAAAGUGUUCACAGAGGAAGACGUUCUGAAAACCAAAGAAUCGUUUAAAGUUCCACUAGAUUCCACCAAAGUGAAUGACGUGCUGAAAGACUUCUUACAUCAGUAGAAAAUGGAAUGGUUUUCAUGCAUUCUCUCUCACGUGAAGCUGUCAAACUGGGACUGCUUUGGCUAUUUUACUACCCUGCAUAGUGGUGGGGAGUUUUAAAAUGUUACAGCUCUGUUGUGAAUUUAGUCGGAUUCAAAUGGGACAUUCCAAACCCCUCCCAUAGAAGGCCAACUUCCAUCGCCCCUUGACUUCUUCUUUGGGAAGGAAGGAAUUCAUGGAAGGAAUGAUCUUGUCUGCAUGGGCUUUGCUUUCUAUUCUUAAAAGGUGGUUCUCUAAUAUUAUUUAUUUGUCAUUUGGAAUAAAAUUCCUUUCACAACUGGUAACCUGUAUCAAUCAUUUAGUAAGAAAACAGGACGCAUGAGAUCUUCUGAAAGAGAAGAGGAAGGUAUGAGACGAUGUGAUUUACACAAGAGUGCAUCUUCAACAGUCACUGGAUACUUAAUAUGUCAUUACUGUUAGUUUCGGAACGCGUAGCUCGUAUACAUUGCCACUUAUGUUCGUUUGUUAGUGAUUAUUGCUUAAUUUCAAUCUUAUUUCAGUCAGAUAUUUUAUUUCAUACUUCAUCGCUAUUAGUUGCUGUUGAUACUACUAAAUUUUGUCUGCUAAACUAUCACUAGGAGCUAGACCAAAGUCUUUCUUUAUUUUACAUUGAAGAUAUUUUCUCUUUUUGGUACGUACAUUGGUUUAUUUCUGGCUUUCAGUUCACUUCAUUGUUAGUGUUACAUUUCUCAGAGAUAUUUACUAGUUUAGUUCCUGCUGUAUUUUCUUUUAGUUCGAACCACACAAAUUCAGCCGAACAAAUUCAGCUACAACCGUCAAUGAUAACUUCGCAAUCUUCAAUCUCUACUUCGCCCUUUUCAUCCGUGAUUACACACCGAUCUCUUUAUUUUUCUUUGUUAUAUAUGUUGAUUACCUAACCACAUUUUAGACUGUGCGUUCGAAUAGUCUUCUCCACUCUGAGUAACUUUUGGAGGUUACAGUUACAGAAGGCUACAAUUUAAAAUCAUAUUUAAUCUUAAUUUUCACUAGGACGCAAUACAAGUGUUUGAUAAAUUCAGGUUGCUCUGAAUGGAAUAUGAAAAUUUAAAACUUGGUAGAAUGAUCGAUCUGGAAAUUGAAAUAAAUUAUUUAAAUUGAGUUUAUAAUACUGCUCUUUCAAUGCAAGGGCUGAUCCAGGAAUUUCUGAAAGGGGGGGGUUGCACACUAUUGAAGUAACCUUCAACACCCUUGGUGUGGAAAGCAAGUGAUGGCCUAGUGCCUCUGAUGUGAGCUCUUAAGGGGAUCCAGUGGAAGUGAAACAACUUUGUGAAAAAAACGAUUUCAUUUAUUAAUUUAAGAAUCAAACAAAGUAACAAGAAACAAUUCCUGCUCAAAGGGGGAGUUGCAACCCCUUCAACCCCUCCUCUGGAUCUGCGUAUGUAAUGACAGGCAUUUCUGAGAUGAUGUAGCAUUGUUGUGGUAACCCAGUAUAUCACAAAUGAUCAGUAAAUACUGGGACACGAGUGGACAAUUUUAGACACCAUUUCAAGGUAGCAUGUGGAAAAGCUAGGUAGCAUUCAUUUAUCAAAGAAAUGGCAUUAAAAAGUACAAACCUUUUAAGCUUA